CACGACGAGGAGGAGGAGAAUAUGACGACGGAGGAGGAGUCUCUUUCGACGGCGGAGGAGGAGUCUCUUUCGACGGCGGAGGAGGGUUACAGUGUACAGAGAGACUUUUGGCGUCAAGCGGCGGAAUCCGAUGGUUUCGAUUUAGAGAACGUUAAACUACGACCAGGUAUGAAUGGAGUGGUCACUGGACUGAUUCCCUACGACUGUCAACUUUAUAAGCGUUAUCCGUAUCGUAUCUUGGUCAACCUUUAUGCUAAGGUUGGGCUUCAUCGUUACAAUUUGUUCAAGGGGACAAGCUUCAAGCUCGAUACCCUAAUGAAAUUCAACAUGUUACAGAACUAUAUGUCCUCUUUCUACAUGACUCUGCUUGCACAUGAUCCCGAUCCCGCUGCUAGCUCAUUGCAGAAAACCUUUCAGGUUCGAGUUGAUGAACAAGAUUAUGGCACUUUGCAUAUAACGUGCUCCAUUGCUAGACUUAAAGCCGAAGUGUCCACCGAAACGCCCUUCAUACCUCACUUUCAAGGUGGCGCACGGGCAUAUGGUAUCUUCAAAGGUGAAUUGCCUGAUUGGCCCUCAGAUGAUGCUUUCAAUGACGGAAAACGAUUUUACCUGGUGAAGGAAUCAGAGUGGCAAUCCACUGAUUGGAUUUCUAUGUAUUUGGAACUUGUAAUUACUACAACUGAUAGGUCGAUCACUGAAACGCGUCAGAAGACCGAAGUUCUGUCCCAGUUGGAGAUAGUGAAAGUGGCGAUAGAAACUGCUAAUGAAGAUGUGGAGCUGCCGAAUGAGAGACUCAAGGCCCAGAGUGCACAUGUCUACAUAACGUUUAAGGGCUUGGCAGAGCCUCGAGCCCCUCGGCGGGUUUUUGAGAUUGGUGAGCAUGUUGAACGCCAAGCUAUAGUUAGAAGAGUCAUGAAUCAUACAGGAUACUUGACUCUCAAGGGUAAGCUUUGUGGUGGUCAAUAUAUCAAAAAGCGUUCUCUGGCUCUCAAGAGUGGAGAAGAGUCCUAGGAUUGUAAAAAGCAAGCUCGCGUAGGUUAGGCAUUCGUAUACAUGGGCGUCUGCGUAAUGUUAAGAUCCAUUAGAAAGAGAAGUCAAAUAUAUCAUUUUAUUUGGUGGGGUUUUAGACUUUUAAAGAGUAUCCAAAAAUGGGAUGGAAUCAUUAUUGGUAGGGGAAAAUAAUGAUGACCCAUAAUUUGUAUUAUUCUCCAAAAAGAGCAUUCGAGUGAGUUAGGUGAGGAGAACUCUCACGAUGAUCUCCAAA